CAGCUGUCCACAACGCCGUCGGCCACUCUCAAGAUACCACUGCUGGCCUCGAGCGCCAUCACCUCGCCCGAGGCCACGCUGAUGUCCAGGCACCCGCCGCCCCGCACGACCUUCUGCACCUCCACCGCCCCGCGCGGCAGCACCCCCGAGCUGCUGCUACUGCUGGCCUCGAGCGCCAUCACCUCGCCCGAGGCCAUGCAGCUGUCCUCCUUGCCGCCGACGCCCGUCUUGCUCUUGGUCCUGCUGGCCCGGGGGUCCUCUCCACGUCCGAGCAGUCGUCCGUAUUGCCGCUGCCCGCUGCUGUGUCCGGCUCCGAAGCUGAAUGAAUGA